GUCAGGUGUCUUGGUAUGCAGGGCGGGCAUGGUGACAGGGGCGUCCCCAGGCGACUGACUCCUAAGAGGACAGAGAAGGACAGCCACGAUUUGCCUGCCUGCCCUGAGAGCCGUGCGGCACUGGGUGAGAGGCGCCUCGGUCAACCCAGCUGCCCUUGCGAGGGCCCGGCCCUCUCCGCGUGUGUGGCUCUCGCUUGGCCUCUGGAUCCUCCUGUCUCCACCCGCGGGAGCACAGCAGCGGGGAAUCGGAGCAGCUCCGAGAGGAGGAAGGAGAAGUCCCGAGAUGCAGCAAGGUGCCGGCGCAGCAAGGAGACAGAGGUCUUCUAUGAACUGGCUCAUGAGCUGCCCCUGCCACACAGCGUGAGCUCGCACCUGGACAAGGCCUCCAUCAUGCGGCUGGCCAUCAGCUUCCUGCGGACACACAAGCUCCUGUCCUCAGUUUGCUCUGAGAACGAAUCUGAAGUGGAGGCUGACCAGCAGAUGGAUAAUUUGUACCUGAAAGCCUUGGAAGGUUUCAUUGCUGUGGUGACCCAAGAUGGUGACAUGAUCUUUCUGUCAGAAAACAUCAGCAAGUUCAUGGGACUCACCCAGGUAGAGCUAACAGGACACAGUAUCUUUGACUUCACUCAUCCCUGUGACCACGAAGAGAUUCGUGAGAACCUGACUCUCAAAAAUGGCUCUGGUUUUGGAAAGAAAGUCAAAGAAAUGUCCACAGAACGUGACUUCUUCAUGAGGAUGAAGUGUACGGUCACCAACAGAGGUCGGACUGUCAACCUUAAAUCAGCCACCUGGAAGGUCUUGCACUGCACCGGCCAGGUGAAAGUCUACAACAGCUGCCCUCCCCACAGCAGUCUCUGCGGCUAUAAGGAGCCUCUGCUCUCCUGCCUCAUCAUCAUGUGUGAGCCGAUCCAGCACCCGUCCCACAUGGACAUCCCCCUCGACAGCAAGACCUUCCUGAGCCGCCACAGCAUGGACAUGAAGUUCACCUACUGUGAUGACAGAAUCACAGAGCUGAUUGGUUACCACCCUGAAGAUCUGCUUGGCCGCUCAGCCUAUGAGUUCUACCACGCACUGGACUCAGAGAACAUGACCAAGAGUCACCAGAACUUGUGCACCAAAGGCCAGGUUGUGAGUGGCCAGUACCGGAUGCUCGCAAAGCAUGGGGGCUACGUGUGGCUGGAGACGCAGGGGACUGUCAUCUACAACCCUCGCAACCUGCAGCCCCAGUGCAUCAUGUGCGUCAACUAUGUCCUGAGUGAGAUUGAGAAGAAUGACGUGGUGUUCUCCAUGGACCAGACCGAAUCCCUGUUCAAGCCCCAUGUCAUGGCCAUGAACAGCAUCUUUGACAGCAGUGACGAGAGGGCUGCAUCUGAGAAGAGCAACUUCCUGUUCACCAAGCUGAAGGAGGAACCCGAGGAGCUGGCCCAGCUGGCCCCCACUCCAGGGGAUGCCAUCAUCUCUCUGGACUUCGGAAACCAGAACUUCAAGGAGUCUUCAGCCUUUGGCAAGGCCAUCCUGCCCCCGGGCCAGCCAUGGGCUGCAGAGGUGAGGAGCCACAGUGCCCAGAGCGAGGCUGGAAGCCUGCCUGCCUUCACCGUACCCCAGGUGGCUGCCCCAGGGAGCAGUACCCCCAGUACCACAAGCAGCAGCAGCUGUUCCACGCCCAGCAGCCCCGGAGACUACUACACUUCUCUGGGGGAUGACCUGAAGAUUGAAGUGAUCGAGAAACUCUUUGCCAUGGAUACAGAGGCAAAGGACCAGUGCAGCACCCAGACGGAUUUCAAUGAGUUGGACUUGGAGACUCUGGCGCCCUACAUCCCCAUGGAUGGGGAGGACUUCCAGCUGAGCCCCAUCUGCCCAGAGGAGCCACACCUGCCUGAGAGCCUGCAGCCCACCCCCCAGCCAUGCUUCAGUGCCAUGACAAGCAUCUUCCAGCCACUGGCCCCCAUGGCCUGUCACAGCCCUUUCCUCCUGGACAAGUACCGGCAGCAGCUAGAGGGCAAGAAGACCGAGCCGGACCACCGGCCCAUGUCCUCUAUCUUCUUCGAUGCUGGGAGCAAGGGAUCCCUGCCAUCGUGCUGUGGCCAGGCCAGCACCCCUCUCUCGUCCAUGGGCGGCAGAUCCAACACGCAGUGGCCCCCAGACCCGCCGUUACAUUUCGGGCCCACAAAGUGGCCUGGUGGGGAGCCACACACCGAGUGCUUGGGGACAUCGCCAUUGGAGCACCCCAUUGCCUCGCCCCAUGUCUCCAUGUUCAAGAUGAGGUCUGCAAAGGGCUGCGGGCCUCGGGGCCCAGACGUGAUGAGCCCAGCCAUGAUAGCCCUCUCCAACAAGCUGAAGCUGAAGCGACAGCUGGAAUAUGAGGAUCGAGCCUUCCAGGACUCGAGUGGGGGGGACUCUCCAGGCAGCAGCAGUUCACACUUGAUGUGGAAACGCAUAAAGCGUCUCCGGAGCGGGCCUGGCCCUUUGGUGCCUGACAAGCCCUUGAGAAACGUUCACGUCCCCGCAGAUGAGUUCAACAAAAACUCCCUGAGGGGCCUGAGCCAGCCCCUACGACACCUGCCACCCCCACAACCACCAUCUGCUGUAAGCCCAGCGGAGAAUGCCAAGGGUGGGUUCCCCCCACAGUGCUAUGCUGCCGCCUACCAGGACUACAGCCUGCCCUCCACUCACACGGUGUCAGGGAUAGCAAGCCGGCUGCUUGGGCCCUCAUUUGAGCCCUACCUGCUACCCGAACUGACUAGAUAUGACUGUGAGGUGAACGUUCCUGUGCCAGGAAGCUCCACGCUCCUGCAAGGAGGGGACCUCCUCAGAGCCCUGGAUCAAGCUACCUGAGCCAGGGCCUCCUGACAGGCACACCCCGCCAAUGCUGUCCCGCCAGCUUCACUCUAGAUCUGUUUUUGCAACUAGGUAUUUCUAACACCAGCAUACUUUUUACAAGAUGUACUUACCUGGCUGAUUUGCCCAGGUCACCAAGCAGUGGCCUUUUUCUGAGAUGCUCACUUAAAAUGUCAUUAUUUUUAAAAUACACAGUCGUUUUACCUGCUAUGUUUUGCUGUCAAUGAAAAUGUUCUUAAAUUUUAUAAGAUCCUCCCUCCCCACCUUCGAUGACUUCUAAUUUAUAUUACCCAGAGUUUUCUCUCUCACACAUCCACACCAUCCAUGCUAACAAGCCUGAGGUAUGUUUGUUCUCUGGUAGGAAAAGCUUUGGCUUCAUUUGACUAAGAUUUUUUGUUGUUGUUGUUGCCAAAGAAAAACAAAAGGAUUUUGCUUUCUAAACUUGAUUUAUGGCUUUUCUCUCUCAAAGACUUUCUCCUUUGCUUUUUAAAAACUCAUCACCAUAUUGUAAAUUUCACUUUGUUGUUGUUGCUGUUGUUGUUAAAGCUGACUCUUUGCUCUAAUUUUGAUAUGACUUAUGGGGAAAAAGGCAAUGUGAAGGGUGAACUCCAAUGUAUAUGGUUACCUGUGAAAGUUGUGCAGUAUGGCUUUUCCUGAACUGUGUGGUGCCCCCCUAUCGGGUGGAUUUUUUUAUUAUUAUUCAAAAGCAUAACUGAGUUUUUUAAAGGAAAAUUUAUAUCUGGGUUAAGUGUUUAUCAUAUAUAUGGGUACUUUGUAAUAUCUAAAAACUUAGAAAUGGAAUCCUGCUCACAAGAUCACUUUAAGAUCUUUCUGAAGCUGUUAAUUUUCUUCUUCUGCAGUGUUGCUGACCCUGCAGAAUUGUACAGUACUCCCACAGGCCUAGACUAACACUGCUCACUCACUCUCUGCUGGCUCUUCGCUUUUGUUAUGCCAUAGGUGUGACAAACAAUCCAAGUGGGAGCAUUGCAAGCUAUCUUCUCCUUGUGUUCUCUGUGUGUUGUGCAUGGAUGUAUGUAGUAGUAUUGCUGCCAAGAGGGUCUGCUGGCACAUCAGGGGUGGGGGUGGGGAGAAUGCUAAGGGAGAGAAGCUGCUUUAACUUUCCUUAAGGUGGUGUUGCUAGCCCUUCAAGUGCACUGAGCUGACUGUAUUGGUCCCUCAUGCAGCACAUUCGGGUAUUUCCAGAACUACCAUGAAAUGGUUUUGAUGGGAAUGCUUCAGAAAUGACCUGGUCUUGUCCUCCUAAGCUCAUGACCUUGGAGCCACACUGAGAGAGGGUGCCAAAUGGAGAGUUUCGGGUCCUGACGGUCCCAACCAGUCCUGUGUCCCUCCGUCAGCCUACCAGACAGCCCUACAAGGCUGUCCACAGGCCAUGGUGCAGCGCCCCCUGCUGGCAGGCAGCCCUCCAGGGAUGGGCCCUAACCUCAGGCCCUCUCUGAGAUGUCUGUCACAGGAAGUGACAGGUAGUGAUAGGAAGCACUGAAAAUAGUGUUCCCAGAGCACUUUGUAACUCACUGGGUAAGAGGGACGACAUCUUUCGGGUUUCAAAUAUCAAUCAACAUGGAACUUGUCUGUCAUGGCUACAAUAAGUUUCUAAACACACACAAAACACAUCAGGCCAAGAAUUUGGGAAGCCUAGAGGGACUUAUUGCCAAAACCAAAAAUUAACUUUCAAAAGAAAUCCAAGUUAUGAGAAAAAUUACAUAAUUACUGUGUUCUCUAAAGCUUACUUUAGUAUCACAAUGGGGCCCGCCAUUCAGUGGCAGAACUUGAAGGGUUACUGACACACAAACGGUGGUAUUUGAUUUCCUCUAUGUGUUGCCUCAGCAUUCAGGGCAUUUUACCCUUUCAGUUUGACUAAAACACUUUGAAAAAUAUUCCAAGCUUCAUAUUAACCAUACCUGUCAACAUAACAACUUCAUGAACAUUAUUAUAUUGUUGAAUUUCUACUGACAACAUUAUAACUGUAUGGGAGCUUAACUUUAUAAGGAAAUGUAUUUUGACACUGAUAUCUUAUUAAAGUAUUCUGAUUCUAUCAUU